AUGAAAUGUAAGCAAAAAUUAUACAAACAAGAAACCGCAACACAUAUUAUCCUCAUUGAAAUGAGACUUUGGUACUUGCUUUUGCUACCGCUCACCUUCUGGCUACAAGUAGUAGCUUCAGAGGAGUCAAGUACGGGUAGCCACUUUGAGUCCAUAAACAAAUCAAACCAUACCAACAAUUGGGCAGUAUUGGUGUCAACAUCGCGUUUUUGGUUCAACUAUCGACAUAUGGCCAAUGUCCUCAGUUUCUAUCGUACAGUGAAAAGACUUGGUAUCCCUGACUCACAGAUUAUACUUAUGCUUUCCGAUGACGUUGCCUGCAAUGCAAGGAAUGCAUUUCCUGGAACUGUUUUCAACAAUAUGGACCAAGCUUUGGAUUUGUAUGGAAACAGUAUUGAAGUCGAUUAUAGAGGGUAUGAUGUAACAGUGGAAAACUUUGUUCGUUUAUUGACUGAUAGAUGGGGACCUGAACAACCUAGAUCAAAGAGACUACUAACUGAUGAGAACUCAAACAUUUUCAUCUACUUAACGGGCCACGGCGGUAAUGAGUUUUUGAAAUUCCAAGAUGCUGAAGAGAUCGGAGCUCAUGACAUUGCUGAUGCAUUUGCUCAAAUGCAUGAGAAGAAGAGGUAUAACGAGAUAUUUUUUAUGAUUGACACGUGUCAGGCUAACACCAUGUAUGAACACAUCUAUUCACCGAACAUUCUUUGUAUCGGUUCAUCAAAACUUGACGAGAGUUCCUACAGUCAUCACUCAGACAUGGAUAUUGGUGUUGCAGUUAUUGAUAGAUUCACUUACUUUGCGUUGGAUUUUCUUGAAAGGAUAAACAGAGAUUCCAAGGAAACAAUGGAUAAGCUAUUUGAAAUUCUCAAUUUCGAAAAUGUCCAUUCACAUGCAGGAAUUAGAACAGAUUUAUUCAAAAGGGAUGUAAGUGAGGUUUUGUUAACUGAUUUUUUUGGCAAUGUGCAGAAUGUUGCCGUGGAUACCACUCCAAAAGAUAUAUUGAAUACAACAAAACGGUUGACACGUGAUUCUGCUAGCCUUCAUGCUUUGAAAAAAUUGAGACCAAGAGGGCAAGUGGAGUUUGGAUUUGAAGACGGGGAUUCUACCAUCAACUUUCAUUUGUCGAAAGCUUCCUCCACCGUCUUGGGACUCGGUUUGACAGGUUUAUUAUUGGGGUUGUGGAAAUAUGCAUCUUAA